AUGGUACCCAUCUGGCCGGAUCAGGAGCCGAUUACAAUUCUUCGUCCUCGGUCCUUGUGUUCUGUCCCAAAAAGAAGCCUCAAUGUGUCUUUGCCAAACGUGAGCUGCGCCUGUGGUAUGGUGAAGAUUUGCGCGUCCCUGAUAGCUAGAGUGACAAUGGUGGCAAAACGUGCGCAGAUGUGCACGGACAGCCGGUGUAAAACAGCAAAGACCAAGCUCCUAACCUGAAAAUGUCAUCGCUACAGAGAAAGUUGAGAGCUUUAUUGUAUUCAAACUGAAUUAGUUAUAAUAAAUUAAAGUGAAUCGACGUAGUUUAUGUCACAGUUGUUUCCUCUAGACUUUUUACUGUCUUCUAUUAUUUCAUGUUGCAUGACAUUUCUCUUUCUUUCCUUCCCGCUUUAUUCGUUUCUCUUCCCUAAUUUUUUCCCGUUGUAGACAGUUUUCCCGAAUGCCCUGAGAAUCAUGAAAUGACUUACAGAUGGGAAAUGAAAAAAUUAUUUUCAGGGGUUUUUUGGACAAAUAAUAAAGCUGCAUGAGUUUUGUCAUUUAUCUGUUGUCAUAUGGUUUUAAACGCAUCUAGCCUUCGAGUAACUGCAUCCUGCCCCCAAAGAAAGAAAAACGGCGGGAUGUGUCAAUAUAAUUUCAUGAUCUUCGGGGCCUAAGGAAAAUAAUGUUCUUGUUAGUAUGCAUAAAAUAAAAAAGAGCCUCAGAUUACAAAAAGCGAUAACGAGAGGAGAAAAAUGGUAGCAAUACGCCUUUAUCUACUCGUAAAACACAAGGCUCAUCUGGGACCCCCUUCUUGAAAGACCCUGUAACUUUCCGGGCCCGAAGCCGAAUAUUGAAAUCAAGUCUACAGAAUAAACUGGCGCGUAUCUUAGCUUAAAAACAGUAGAUAUUUCAUUUUGUUAACUAAUAGUUUUAUCACAUCACAAUUAUAGUUUUCUGGCUAGCUAAUUAUCGGGGCUUUCAAGAAAUUGGCUCUAGGACUUGAAGAAGGGCCAGUUUUGUUUUCAGAAUGGGUUGGAUUGUUUAUUAAUAAAAACGUUCGCCUUAAGUCGGAAUGUUUUCCGUGACCUGCUAAAAUCAAAGCAAAUAAACCAUUAUAACGUCUUCCUGUUUACUUAGUCAAGAUUUACUUCAGAAUAGAAAAUGUCAACCGUGUUUAUAAAAAUAUAGCGGUGACUUAGUUUGUCGCUUUACAUAUUGACGAGAAAAUUCGAGUUGUGCCUCACUGAGGAAUUGGGAUAAGCAAAGGAACGCUAAAACAUUAGCGCUCAUUAGCGCCCAGAUUCUCAUUCAAAAAACACUGCGGAGCAUUUCGUUGAAACGCCAGCAUUCAAGGAGCACUUUGAGAGUUGACUGAAAGGUACGAUACUGUGAUGUUCAAUAUUCAGCUUCAGCUGCAACGGACCGGCUACCAUACAGUUUUUUUUAUAUUUUGUUGCCGAUUACCCUUUGAGUCAUAUCCACGCUAAAAAAACUGUCUUUUCUUUCAAAAACGUUCGGCUCGAGUCACGGACCAGAAAAAAAAAGAUUCAAACGGUGGUUCAGUGCUUAAAUUUACUCUUCAUAAAAAAACAGGGGCACCUAACGACAAUUUUUGGAAAAUAUCUGUUCGGAAAACGAUUUGAGAUCUAGAAUUUUCGGAACAUUUGUUGUAAAAUUUCUUGCUUGCCUGCCUCUGCUAGGAUUUUCGAACUUCUAAGAAUGAUAUAAUUGCCCAUUUUUAACGUAUUUUUACCCUUAAAAGGUCACCUAGAAUUUUCGGGAGCCUUUUUUCUGGCUGAAAUUUUCGACAAGGUAACUUUUGAUCCCUAUAAUGUUCGGAUCACUAGACUUUCAGCUAGGAAAUCCGAACAGAUGAAAAAUUUUUAGGGGAUAAAAAUAUGCCCAUAUCUACCGUUUAAAUACUAAAAUACGUUCAACAAUGCUAUAUUUAAGUGGUUUUGAACUAUGUUCUCGUUGGGUGCCCCUGAAAAAAAUUAUAAACCUAGUAAAUAUGAGUUGUAAGUUACAGAAGAACCAGAUGAAAAUUCAUAUGCGUGGAAGCGAAAAAAAGAAUUAAUGCCCGAACAAUGUUACGAAAAAAAAUGUUUAAAUGAAAAUAAUGUCCUUGUAUUCAUAUUUUUCCAAUUUAUUCUUUUUUAACUUAAAUUCAAGACAUGAAAUUCAAAUUUCUGAUGUUGGCCAUAAUGUUGGCGAUUUUUCCCAUUCCUACUGAAGCGUCAUCAAGGACCUGUCCUCGCUGGGUGAAACUAAACAAGUCGCCCGUCUGCUUUGGCGCCAAGGGAAACCAGUAUGGUCGUUUUUCCUACCAUCGAAACAUCUUCGUGAGCUCGUUCAUGCUCGUGCACCGCUCGGGAAAAGUGUCAUGUAAUAAACGCGCCUACAGCUACUGGGGAUGUCAACCAAAUCAAGGACAACUGCUUGUGCUCUUGACUGAUCAGAACAACAAGAUACUAGCUCCAGAAGCGAAAAUUGUUAAUAGCAGUGGACGGUAUAACCUGGCCGGAUACAGCUCUUCCUCGUCAGUCCUGGUGUUCUGUGCCUCAAAGAAGCCUCAAUGUGUCUUUGCUAACAGCGAGCUGCGUCUGUGGUAUGGGGAAGAUUUGCGUGCCGGUCGUGGUGAUAGCGACAAUGGGGGUAAAACGUGUGCGGAUGUGUACGGACUGCUGGCUUAA